UUUGUUUCUCGGAAAAGGCAGGAAGGAUAGCGUUGACCUGGAAUUUCCAUUGUUAUUUUUUUCGAAUUGAAUAGGAUAUAAAAUGCCUGAAUCAGGUCAUAGACGUGAGUCUCACCCUUUACUCAGGAAACGAGCGUUUUUGGGUGCUUUUAGCUAACCGGUAUUUAGUUUAUGUUAAGGUAAGAUAUCCCCGUUUUCCGCUUCUUCCGCUCUUCGCACGAUAGGUUUCGAGAUUUCGGGACUUCAGCAUUGUGGUGGCGGUGGGGUUGUGUUCUUGGCAGGGCCACGGGGUCGAUCUGGGGAAACGGCUGGGAGUAUGAAUUGCUGGAAAGGAUUCGAUGGGGUGGGGUUAAGGCCGGACGGGUUGAUGGAGGGAAUAAUUUUUACGUGCGUGGACGGGAUCGGUGGCUGAUUCGCGCCCGGAGGAAAUAGGCAAGACAUCUCUCUUACCAGAGGGGAAAGCGCAAUACCAACCCCAACACCUCCCUCAUCAAGAUUGAGGGUGUAGACAGCCGCCAAGAUGCCUCCUUCUACCUAGGUUCGCUGGGCCCGAUAUAUCGUGGCUUUUGGUUCUUGCUAACAGUUUGGGGCUGCAGGAAAGAAGAUCGCUUUCGUCUAUAGAGCCUCGCGUGAGGUCCGUGGAUCUAAGAUCAGGGUAUGCUCACUCAAUGCGAUGCAGUGACGAGCUCAUAAGCUGAUAUGUUUGAAGGUCAUCUGGGGGAAAGUUACUAGGCCACACGGAAACAGCGGGGUUGUUCGCGCUAAGUAAUACCCUCUACUCUUCAUGGAUUUUCUACCCCAGAGAACCGUAAUUAAUGCCAGUGAUCUAUCUAGGUUCCGCAACAACCUCCCCCCUAAGUCUUUCGGGGCCACCCUCCGUAUUAUGCUAUAUCCUUCCAACAUUUAAAUGGGUUGCGCUCUGUUAGGCGGAGGGGUUCCAAUAAAAACGUUUCACUUGUAUGAUCUUUUUUUUCUUUCUCUUUUUCUCUCAUCUUUUCAGGAAGGGAUUUUUUUUUUUGUUCGGCGCGGUAAAAGGCCAUGGUGAGAUUCGGUGAUUGAGCACUCGCCCAAACAAAAUAAUAGAACUCCUGAGAGCGGGUCUUAGCCUGGGAAUCGGCCGACGUGAUUGCGUUAGUUCUAUAUGCGCCCUCUCCUUUGCCUUUACAUGCGGUUUUCCGUUCCCGAGAGACGUUAGCCUGCAUAUAACUGAGGCUACAUGUCCAUAUAUUGUUGAAAAAGAGAAGAGGGCGGUGUAAUGAAACUACUUACCUUGUUUAAGGCCAAAUUAUGCUUGAAGGAUAUCGGUAUUCUAAUACGGUAAAACCUGGGUAUCGAACAUUUCUGCAGUUCAGAUAGUUUUAGCCUCAUCAUCA